AUGAUAAGAAAACUUCGACAAUUAGUGUCGAAAGAUCAUAGUUUAAGGCCCCGCGACAUUGUUGAAGUUUCUCAGAUUAAAGAUAACAUAAAACCUGAAACGCCACAAGAAGACGAAAUAUACUUUGAACUAGAAGACAACGAAGAAUAUGAACUUGAAUCACUACAAGAAGCAAAUGAAAUGACAAAAUCAGAAGAAGAAUUACACGAGGAUAGUGUAAGUUAUUCUUAUGAAAACUACGAUGAAUGCGAGAAUACGCCACAAGAAACUUUUGUGACAGAACUAGAAGAGCAAGAAGGUUGA